AUGACCUCCCCGUUGCAAGCGUCUUCUUCGCUUGCAAAUCAGUGCCUUCGUCUAUUUGAGGAGUGUCUUACCAGAGAUGUUGUUGCAAAAGGGCAGUGGGCACAGAACCGUGGAGCUGAUUUCAUCCUUUGGGUUGACAGAGUGGGUGUAUUGUCUGGACAAGGAGCUCCUUACUGCUCUAGAUUCAAAGAUCAAGGUCCUGAGCUAACGUUGAUUCAAUGGUUACUGACUCAAUUACGCAACUGUCUCGAAGAAUGUCUGGGGGACGAGGAGGACCACUUGGGCGAAGUAAAACGAAGCAUUGACACCAUCAUCAGGAAUCUUAUCUCGGUUGCCGUUGCAGUUCGUCAGACUGGACGAAAGUUUCAACUCAUCAAAGCUGACAAGAGUUUUGAUGCCUCUACGUUCGGGGAGUUAAGGACGCAUCUGAAACGCAUCAUCCUCAUCGGGCAAAGCGGACUGGAUCAGAACUUGGUCGACCAUAGGGAUCACCCAACAUGGUGGCAAAGCACAAUCGAUGGAAAGCUUACAAAUGUCCAAAACCGGCUUUUAGAGGCCAAUCUCCGACGAAGACACCGAUUUCAGCACGCUCAGAUGCAUUCGAUGGACCUUGCAAGUCGAUCCAAAGAUUCCCCACCAACGACCCCUAAUAUCGAGCCUAUUGGAAAUCCUCCAACCCUCUCCCUAACAUCAGCCUCCACUCCACAGGACACCUUCAAGAGCCGGGAAACCCGAGACCUGGCACCAGCUACCAAUUCCCGGAACUCAUCCAUGGCCGACGCAACGGACUACCCCAAGCUCGCACUUCCCAAAAAUCCCGAAUUCGGGGGAGCGGCUGGGGCGGACAUGGGGUAUCAGCAGACCAUGAAAUGCCCUUGUUGCUGCGAAGCUAUUCCAAACAAUGUUUAUCCGUACAUUUGUUUUGCUGAGCACUGCCCGGUCCCCCAUGCUCUAUACCGCACACGGGUAGAAUGGGAGAAACAUCUCCAAGUGCACCAUUCAAAGAAGUGGAAGUGCCAGAUUUGUGACACUUCGACAGGCAUCGUAUUUUCAAGUAUCGAUCACCUGCGGUUUCAUGUGGCCGAAGAGCACCUAGAAUCGUUUCCGGAGGAUCUUCUCGACACCGUGAGCUUUUGGCCCUCGGUCCCUUCAAUGGGUCUCCAGACGUGCCCAUUAUGCCGUUCAACAGGUCCGGUAGAUGACCUAGAGUUGAUAGAGCAUGUUUUGAAACACACUCACGACUUUUCACUUCGUUCGCUACCCUGGGCAGAUCUUAGCCAACCAUCAGGUUAUUUCACCACCAACGUCUACUUCGACCUAGGGGCAAACGACGGGUCUCUCGCUACAGAUGGUCAGAGUGAUCCUGAAGUAUCGAAGAUCACGGGUCAUCCGACCGAUGAGGGAUACAGUUGGACUUACAGAGGCGACGGCCUACCACCGCUUCUUGAUGAGGACGGCGAGUCUGACCUUUACAUCUUGCUACAUCGCUACUGUAUUGAAGGGUGCGAUGGGAAGUUUUGGACAGAAAGGCUGCUACGCCAAAUCCUCACCGAGGAACGCGUUGGGGCUGAGCUCAGGGCGAGCCAUGGAUUCAGUCGCUCCGAUGUGUCGUACUAUCUUGAUCUUAUUUUUGCCCAACCGACAGAAGAACGACCAGAAACGUACUUGAGGAUAUUUGCUUUGUUGGUCUUGGCGUCUAGGGUCUCUGACAUUGGCAAGUUCAUCACGGAGAAUGUCUGUGAUAAAACACUGCCGCUCUUUCUCGACCUGAACUCGUCAGGCGGGCCACUUUCUCUCCGGGGAGAAAGCAAGGAGACACUGAAAUGUUUUCAAGGAUGGAACUGGGAUCAGAAACAAAAUUUCGCACAAAGUCAAUGGCGGCUCAUCUUCCCAUUCCUCGGCGUUUCCGCAGGCGAGGCUCCCCGACCAAUCGUGCUGGAACAUGAUAUCAUUAGGCCAUGGCGCGACACCGGCACCGAAAGCGACAUGGGCAUGUUUGAAACGGUUUCUUGUGUUGAAAUUCACCCCACGGCUCACUCUUUUGAGAAGAUUCUAUCUGAUAAAAACUUCACGUGUGGUGGCUUUGCCAUCAAAACGCUGCGCAAAAAACCAUUGAACAAAUGGCUACUGAAACAGGAUUUAGAUCAGCUGGCGGUGGAGAUUACCACACACUCUCAACAUUUGAUACCGAUACUGGGCUCUUUCUGUCAUCAAGGCCAAUGGAGUCUGAUCCUUCCUCGUGCGUGCUGUACCCUGCGCCACCUGCUGGAACAGGGAGACACCAGCUGGACACCGAAGCGGAUGAGAUGGGGUUAUCAGCAAUUAUACAGCAUCAUGGACGGCGUGAGAGCGAUCCAUUCUUACCCCAGGGCCGUUCGGCCGGACUUUGCGAUACACGGACACAUCGACCUGGAUACUAUCAUUUGCUACGGAGAGCCGGAAAUAUUAGAGCACUGUGUCCUAGUUAUCUCUCAUUUUCCACUCUCUAUCUCCCAGCCUAGUUUGGGCACUCAAACCUCACCAGUCUUCAGAUCUCCAACUUAUCGCCCACCUGAGUGGGACCUUGAAGGAGGUUGUGUAUCCGAAUCAUCGGAUAUCUGGAGCUUGGGAUGUGCCUAUCUGGAAUUCAUUACCUGGCUGUUGGGGGGCAGAGACCUAUUGUCCGAGUUCCAAGACGCUCGACAAUCCCCUUAUCUCGACGGAACCCUAGCUGACAGGUUCUACACCUUCAUGUCCUCCAAGGAGGACGACCGUCACGUCUUACGCCUCAAGACUGAAAUCACGGAGGGUAACAUGCUGUUAGCACUACCGUCGCAUCGAUCGUCAUCUCUCCAUCUCCGGCAAUGGUUUAAUUUCGAUCUUGACGAGAUGUUCUAUUUCGAUGGGAAACCCGAGGACCUGCCAUCAUUGCCUACGCUUGAUUUUGGGGUAAGACUGAGCCCUUUCUGGAAAGAGAAGAUGGCCACUGGGAGCCAAGUUGAGUUGCCAAUGCAUAACGGUGGACCACUGAUAUACCUGACCCCAGACCAGCUGAGGAACCCGAGGGGAAGUUAA